GGGAUCAAGAGGGCUGCGACAGGCCAAACAGGAGACCCUCCAACAACAACCCGACGCCAGGAAUUACGGAACAGCUAUAGAACAACAUGCGGCUAGAUGUGAAGGUAAAACUCCUCCUUAUUGUUUAUCGGGCCCCAGAAAAAUAGGAAAAUAUAUAUAAAAAAAACAUCCUCAUUAUACUGGGAGUGGCAGACAAGUAGAGUGGGGGGGGGGGCAGCAUUAAGGAGUCAGGGCUGAUGAACAUGACUGUCAAGAGACAACUUUUCGCCCGCUCCGACAGAGUGAAGGGGAUUGAUUUCCAUCCCACAGAGCCUUGGAUUCUAAGCACUUUAUACAGCGGUAAGCUCUAACUUGACGUUCUAGUAAAUACUGCUGAUAAUUCGAUCUCUUCUAGGUCAUGUCAAUAUCUGGUCUCAUGAGACCCAGACUUUGGUAAAAACAUUCGAGGUUACAGAUGUCCCAGUCAGGGCCGGCCGAUUUGUUGCCCGAAAGAACUGGUUUGUGGUGGGGUCUGAUGAUUUCCACCUCCGAGUCUUUAAUUACAAUACCUCGGAGAAGAUUGCUGCAUUCGAGGCUCAUCCAGAUUACAUCCGUUCUAUCGUCGUACAUCCUACCCAGCCAUUUGUGCUCACCGCUAGUGAUGAUAUGACCAUCAAGCUAUGGGAUUGGGAGAAAGGAUGGAAAUGUGUACAAACAUUUGAAGGGCAUGCGCACUAUGUCAUGAGUUUGGCAAUCAACCCAAAAGAUACCAACACCUUUGCAAGUGCAUGCUUGGAUAGAACCGUUAAGAUUUGGAGUUUGGGCGGCGGUGGAAAUGCUAAUUUUACGCUGGAAGCCCAUGAGACGAAAGGUGUCAACCAUGUCGACUACUACCCAGCAGCCGAUAAGCCAUACAUCUUGACCACCUCCGAUGACCGAACCAUCAAAGUUUGGGACUAUACCACAAAAUCUCUUAUCGCCACAUUGGAAGGACACACAUCUAAUGUGUCAUUUGCUUGUUUCCACCCCGAACUACCGGUUAUUGUUUCAGGUUCGGAGGAUGGAACUGUCAAGAUUUGGCAUGCCAACACCUAUCGUCUCGAGCAGACAUUAAACUAUGGCCUUGAGAGAGCGUGGUGUGUUUCGUCACAGAAAGGGAAGAACGCUAUCGCGAUGGGAUUCGAUGAAGGGUGUGUUGUGGUGAAAAUGGGAAGAGAGGAACCUGCAGUCAGCAUGGACACGGGGGGGAAGAUAGUGUGGGCUAGGCAUAGUGAGGUCCUGACGGCCGUUAUUAAACCAAGCGGUAUGGGGUUCUUCAAUGAUUGUUUCUGUCCAUUCGCAUACUGACUUUCCAUGUUAGACGUGUCAGCCAAAGAUGGUGAACCUCUUUCACUUCCCUCCAAAGAUCUAGGCUCCUGCGAGAUCUACCCUCAAUCGCUCCUGCAUUCCCCUAACGGUCGUUUUGUUUCUGUUUGCGGUGACGGUGAAUAUAUUAUUUACACUGCUCUUGCAUGGAGAAACAAAGCCUUUGGACAGGCAUUGGAUUUUGUUUGGGGUUCCAGGGAAAACAGCAAUGAUUACGCAAUCCGCGAGAGUCAGACGAGUGUGAAACUGUUCAAAAACUUUAAAGAAAAGCCCGGAGGAUUGGACGUGGGCUUUCCCGCCGAUGGGCUGAUUGGCGGUGUCCUGUUGGCUGUUAGAGGGCAGGGAUCAGUUGGACUCUUUGACUGGGAAACUGGUGGGCUUGUCCGAAGGAUUGAUGUUGUCCCACAGAAUGUAUUCUGGUCGGAUAGUGGUGAACUUGUUGUACUUGCAUGCGAGGAUGCAUUCUACGUUCUUCGGUUCGACAGGGACGAGUACGUUGCUGCUGUGCAAAAUGGGACUGUUGAAGAGGAUGGCGUUGAGGCCGCCUUCGAAGUCAUCACGGAUAUCAAUGAAACGGUCCGCACUGGUGAGUGGGUCGGUGACUGCUUUAUUUACACCAACUCGACAAACCGCCUGAACUACCUCGUUGGCGAUCAAACUUACACCAUCUCUCACUUCGAUCACCCUAUGUACCUCCUUGGAUAUCUUCCGCGCGAUGGUCGCAUCUACCUUGCUGAUAAGGAUGUUAAUGUUCUUUCCUAUGCCUUGUCACUCAGAGUGGUAGAGUACCAGACCGUAGUUCUGCGCGGCGAUAUGGAAGCUGCUGCUGAGAUUCUAGGUGAUAUCCCAGAAGACCAGAAGAAUAAGAUUGCUAGGUUCUUGGAGGGGCAGGGUCAUAAAGACUUGGCAUUGGAGAUUGCCACAGAUCCCGAACAUCGGUUUGACUUAUCACUAUCGCUUGGAAACCUCGAUACAGCCCUAGAAAUUGCUAGAGAGGCUAAUGCAGAACAUAAAUGGAAGACUGUGGGUGACACGGCGCUACUUGCGUGGGAUUUAAUCCUUGCGGAGGAGUGCUUCAGGAAUGCCAAAGACAUUGGGUCACUACUUCUCUUGCGCACUGCAACCGGCAACCAAGAGGGUCUGAAAGAACUCGCAGGCUCUGCUAUCCUUACCGGAGCCAACAACAUUGCUUUCGCGGCACUGUGGCAAACAGGAGAUAUCGAGGAAUGCACCGAACUAUUGGUAAAAACGGCCAGAAUUCCGGAAGCAGCUCUCUUUACUCAAACCUAUAAACCAUCAUUAACAACGGAAGUGGUGCGCAAAUGGAAAGAGAGUCUCAAGGAAAACAAAAAGGGAAAGCUCUCCGAAGCUAUUGGAGUUCCGGACGAGGAUGAGGAAUUGUUUCCGGAGUGGGAUGAAUAUUUGAGACUGGAAGGGGAGGGCGGAGGAGAUUUGAUCGAUGUUGGUGAGACGGAGGGCGGGGAAGCAGAGCAUUAGAUUUUUUGUGGCUGGUAUCUUUACAAAAUGUUUUUUCUUUUUUUUCUUCUGUAUUAGUUUUGAAAAAAAAAGUGGAAGCAGUUGAUCGGAUGUCCCUAAGAUACCGGUACGGACUGCACGAACCUUGCUUACCCUUCGACACCUACCGUACCGCAGCAGCAACCACGACUCCGCUGGAAAACCAGCCUACCGACUCCACCACAGAUACAGCACCAUAUCCAACCACAUUAAUUGGUUGAUGGCAAUAUCUUGGGGCCGAUUGCUUGUAUUUCUUACCGUAUGAUAUGAGUAUGAUAUUUACAGCAACACCGAAAGGCGGGUUCAGGGUUACCAGUGCGAGGAAGGAUAGGUUUACUGGAUUGCGGUUGCGUUUUAUGGGUGUCUUGGCACUCAAUAACCCUUGUAUAUAGACAAGCUCUUUCCCUUCCCGUCCUAAGUUACUCGAGUAGAAAAGAGAGUAACACACACCACCACCCCCAUAGGGGGAGGAUAAGCACCUCACAACAACAAGCAAUUAAACAACAUUCCCUUUCCA